UCUGCGUCGGCAGCGCCGUGGUGCAGGCGCGCGAGGGCCGCGGCCGGGGAUGAGCUGACUGCGGCGAGAGCGUCGCCCCAGAGCCCCCGCGAGGCCGCCCGUCGCCGUCUCCCCGCCGACUUGCCAGCCGCGAUCAUGUCUAUCCACAUCGUGGCGCUUGGGAAUGAGGGCGACACGUUCCACCAGGACAACCGGCCGUCGGGGCUCAUCCGCACCUACCUAGGGAGAAGCCCGCUGGUGUCAGGGGACGAGAGUAGCUUGUUGCUGAACGCGGCCAGCACGGUCGCGCGCCCGGUGUUCACCGAGUACCAGGCCAGUGCGUUCGGGAACGUCAAGCUGGUGGUGCACGACUGUCCCGUCUGGGACAUUUUUGACAGUGACUGGUAUACCUCCCGAAACCUAAUUGGGGGUGCCGACAUCAUUGUGAUCAAAUACAGUGUAAAUGACAAGUUUUCAUUCCACGAAGUAAAGGAUAAUUAUAUUCCAGUGAUUAAGAGAGCAUCAAACUCAGUUCCAGUAAUCAUCGCUGCUGUUGGUACCAGACAAAAUGAAGAAUUACCUUGCACAUGCCCCCUGUGUACCUCAGACCGGGGGAGCUGUGUCACCACCACCGAAGGGAUCCAGCUUGCCAAGGAGCUAGGAGCUACAUACCUGGAGCUGCACAGCCUCGAUGACUUCUACAUUGGAAAGUAUUUUGGGGGAGUGUUGGAGUAUUUUAUGAUUCAAGCCUUAAAUCAGAAGACAAGUGACAAAAUGAAGAAAAGGAAAAUGACCAACUCCUUUCACGGAAUCAGGCCGCCUCAGCUGGAACAGCCAGAAAAGAUGCCCGUCUUGAAGGCUGAAGCAUCGCACUACCACUCCGACUUGAACAACCUCCUCUUCUGCUGCCAGUGUGUGGAUGUGGUGUUCUACCACCCAGAGGUGACAGGCGUCGUGGAGGCUCACAAGAUCGUUCUCUGUGCCGUAAGCCACGUUUUCAUGCUGCUUUUCAAUGUGAAGAGCCCUACCGACAUUCAGGAUUCCAGUAUCAUCCGAACCACCCAGGAUCUCUUUGCCAUAAACAGAGAUGCUGUGUUUCCCGGUGCUAGCCAGGAAUCUCCCAGCAACCCACCGCUGCGUGUCAUCGUUAAAGAUGCUCUCUUCUGCUCCUGUUUAUCAGACAUUCUGCGCUUCAUUUACUCAGGUGCUUUUCAGUGGGACGAGCUGGAAGAAGAUGUCAGGAGGAAGUUGAAGGAUUCAGGGGACGUUUCCGAUGUAAUCGAGAAAGUUAAAUGCAUUUUGAAGACACCAGGAAAGAUUAACUGCCUGAGGAAUUGCAAGACCUACCAAGCCAGAAAGCCUCUGUGGUUUUAUAAUACGUCUCUCAAGUUUUUCCUUAAUAAACCGAUGCUUGCUGACGUUGUCUUUGAAAUACAAGGAACAACUGUGCCAGCCCACAGGGCCAUCUUGGUGGCACGGUGUGAAGUGAUGGCAGCCAUGUUCAAUGGCAAUUAUAUGGAAGCCAAGAGUGUCCUGAUUCCAGUUUAUGGCGUCUCCAAAGAGACUUUCCUGUCAUUUUUAGAAUACUUAUACACAGACUCUUGUUGCCCAGCUGGCAUUUUCCAGGCCAUGUGUCUCCUGAUCUGUGCUGAGAUGUACCAAGUCUCCAGACUACAGCACAUCUGUGAACUGUUCAUCAUCACACAGCUGCAGAGCAUGCCCAGCAGGGAGCUGGCCUCAAUGAACCUCGACAUUGUAGACCUGCUCAAGAAGGCGAAGUUUCACCACUCCGACUGCCUUUCCACCUGGCUGCUUCAUUUCAUUGCCACCAACUACCUCAUAUUUAGCCAAAAGCCCGAAUUUCAAGACCUUUCAGUGGAAGAACGAGGUUUUGUGGAAAAGCACAGGUGGCCAUCAAACAUGUACUUGAAGCAGCUGGCGGAGUACAGGAAGUACAUCCACUCCCGGAAGUGUCGCUGUUUAGUCAUGUGACCUGAGCAUUUGGAUACAUACACUUUUUUAUUAUGAUGAAGAAUAGGUACCUCUGGGUUCUAGUAAAAAUUCUUAUGACUAAAAUCAAUGUGAGUGUUUUAAAAAUCACCAUAGAGCUUGUUACUUGUUAUCUUUGAAAGACUAUGGUGGUCUUGUCUUAAAAGGGAACAAAGUCAGCUGCGAACGUAAUGCUUCUCCUAGAAUAUAAAACUGUUGGAUAGUGGGUUCUCCUUUAAGUUGCCCUGUUGCUUUAAUGACAUCAAGACCUCUUCUAGUUAAGAGAGGUUUAAUU